AUGUCGGGCGCAGGCCUGCUCGUGACGACCAUGUUCCUGGCUUCGCUGCUGCUGAGUGCCGGCUCCCUCCACCGGCUCAAUCAAGAAGCCUACCUCACCGUGCCGGAGCUAGUGGCGAGCCGCGGCUACCCGUCAGAGUCGCACGACGUGGUGACGGAGGACGGCUACAUCCUGACGAUGCACCGCAUCCCGCACGGCAGGCACGGGCCGUCAGUUGACCGGCCACCUGUGCUGGUGCAGCACGGGAUACUGUGCAGCUCCGCCUGCUGGGUGCUGUCCACCUCCGAGAAGGCGCUGGGGUUCGUGCUGGCCGACGCGGGCUACGAUGUGUGGCUGGGCAACUUCAGGGGCACCAACUACGCGAAGAAGCACGUCUCCCUCAAUCUCACGGACAAGCAAUUCUGGGAUUUCAGCUGGCACGAGUUGGGGGUGUACGACCUGCCGGCCAUGGUGGACUACGUGCUGAGUCGGACCGGCCGGGAGGGGCUCUUCUACGUGGCCCACUCCAUGGGCACCACGAGCUUCUUCGUGCUGCUCUCCAUGCGGCCCGAGUACAACUCCAAGAUACUGGCGCAGUUCAGCCUCGCGCCGGUCGCCUUCUUGAGCCACGUGCGGAGCCCCGUCAUCCGGCUAAUUAUCCCGUUCCUGACGAGCCUCCAUCAGCUGCAGAUGGUCGGUCCGGGAGAGUUCCUGCCCAACAGCCAGUUCUUGUCGGCGGUCGCCUCGCUGGCGUGCCCUGACGGCGCGCUCACCCCUCCCGUCUGCACGGACAUCUCCUUCCUGCUGACCGGCUUCAACCAGCGGCAGUUCAACAUGACUCUGCUGCCGGUCAUAACUGGCCACGUGCCUGCUGGCUCGUCCAUCCAUCAGUUCCUGCACUACGCCCAGGAAGUGCAUUCAGGGAGGUUUCGGCAGUUCGACCGGGGCGUGGUGGGGAACCUGCUGGCCUACGGCUCCGUAGAGCCGCCCGACUACGACCUUAGCAAGGUCACGGCGCCGGUCUACCUCUACUGGGGCGAGAACGACUGGCUGGCCGACGCCGAGGACGUGCGCGAGCUGGAGAGCAAGCUGCCGUGCGUGCGCGCCUCUACACGCGUGCCGCACCCCUGUUUCAACCACCAGGACUUCAUGUGGGCCGUGGACGUGGAGGCGCUGCUGUACCGCGACGUGCUGGCCCGCAUGGCCGCCCUCCGCCCGCCGCGCUGA